AUGAUUCCCAUCGGAGCCCUGACCUCCUCCUUCUCAUUGGAGGGUCACCAGGACCUCAAGAUCCUUCAGCCCUGGUGGGACGUGUUGUGCGACAUGCUCUCCGUGCCCAUGUUCAUGAUCGGCAUCUUUGCCGUGAUGCUGCAGAACAUGAACGAGCGCAUCCUGUGUGUGCCGGUGCCGAGCGGCUUCGACGUGGAUCUGAAGGAGUGGAACGAGACCGUGCUGAGGGACCUCGUGGCCAACCCCAGGGCCCACAGGACCGGCUUCGACCAGUACCAGUACCGGUUGAUCAACCAGUUCUGCUACGACAACGCGGUGCUGUGGAUCAGCAAGUACUUCCCGCACCUCGUGGUGCUGCACACGCUCGUCCUGACGGCCACCAGAAACUUCUGGUUCAGGUUCCCGGAGACGAGCUCCAAGAUUGAGCACUUUGUGUCCGUGCUGGGCAAGUGCAUGGAUUCGCAGUGGACCACGCACGCCGUCCACGAGGCCGCGCUUGAUGGGGUGGCAACAACGGCGGCGGCGUUGCGGCCGUCGCUGCCCGCCACGGCGGGGAGCUGCAGGUCAGAAGGGGGCUGA